AUGACUCCAAGGCCAAGGAACAACAAAGGUGCCAAUGUGCCACUUGUGGCCUCUAAGCCUGUAGGAGAGAACGAAGUAGCCUCUAGACAGUGGAAUGAGGUGCCUCUAGUAGAAGAGGAAGUGGUAUCAGGCCAAAGGCACGCAAGACAAGAGUUAGACCCUGUGGCUCAGAUGGCAGAAAUGUUGAAGAAUUUGCAGCAAGCAAUUCACCUUCUCAAAGAGGGAAAGGGAAAAAUUCUCGAGGAUCCCCCAUUCCCACCAGAACUCCUCAGCAAGCCAUAUCCUAAAGGAUAUGAACCCCCAACGUUCCAUCCUUUUGAUGGGAGGAAUGAGAGUGCUGUGGAACACGCAAUAGGAGCCCUGCUAGCACAAGAGGAUAAUGAUGGGAAUGAGCAACCCAUUUACUACGUGAGCAGGAUACUCAAGGAUGCUGAGACUAGGUACCCCAGGAUAGAAAGAGCUUACCUAGUAGUCAUCUACAUAUCCCAAAGGCUAAAGCGAUAUUUCUCAUCUCACCAAAUUCUUUUGGUGACUAAGUCACACCCUAUAAAAGCACUCCUACAUCAGCCUCUCUUGACAGGAAUGGUAGCACAGUGGUUGAUCCUUCUCUCUCAAUACGACAUAAGCUUUAAGACCCCCAAGGCUAUCAAAAGUCAAGCCAUAGCAGAUCUGUUAGCCCAGUUCCCAAGAGAGGAAAAGUGCUCAUUAAGUGAAGAGAUCCUAGGGGAAGUGGCAGUAGCAGAAAUCCCAGGAAAGAAGUGGACAAUGAGAUUUGAUGGGUCAGCAACAACAACUUCAAAUGGACUGGGAGUUGUACUUAGCUACAAAGAUGGGGACACCAUACCCCUAUCUUUUAAGAUUGGAUUUUCUUGUUCAAAUAAUGCAGUUGAAUACAAGGCAUACUUGACUGGACUAACCAUAGCACUUAGCAUAGGAGUAAAGCAUAUGAGAGUUUUAGGGGACUCCAAUCUUGUGAUUUCCUAG